AUGUCGGAGAGGCUUGUGCCAUCAAUUUCGCUCCACGAUUUUGAGCAUCGCAAAGAGGAGAUAACCAAGCAGCUCGUUGAUGCAGCCGAGAAUUCGGGAUUCUUUACCUUGGUGAACCAUGAACUUACUUUGGACGAGAUUGAGGCUCAGUUUGCCAUUUCAAGAAAUUUUUUCGAUCUCCCGGCCAUGACCAAGCACAGCGUGAGGUUUGAUAAGACGACUAGUCUUGGAUAUGAAUACAAAAGUCAAAAACGUAUCGCCACCGGUACCGAUCAAAAAGAAUCCCUAUUGAUCCAACCAAAUCACCACAACUACUGGCCCAGCAAUGAAAUUGCUCCUGGAUUCCAUGAGACAACCCAGAGCUUCCUGGAAAAAUGCGCCAAGAUCUCGCAACAAGUCUUAAGCUGCUUUGCGACUACCCUGGGAUUUCCUGAAGACUAUUUUAGGGAUGCUAUGGAUGACAAGAAGCCAGACUCCCUCAACCAGCUACGAUUCCUCCAUUACCCUGGGUCGAAAGAGUCAGUGACACAGCAUGAGAAUGGUGAUCCUACAUUCGGUGCCGGGACUCACACUGAUUUUGGAUGCCUUACACUCCUAUUCCAGCUGGACAAGGGUGAUGGCUUGGAAAUUUGCCCUGGCCGAGAGUCUCAUACAAGUGGCGCGAUGGGUGAUACAUUUUUCCCAGUACCCGCCAAAUCAGGAACGAUUGUGGUUAAUCUCGGGGACAUGCUGAAGCUAGCGAUCGAUCUAAAUGUACCUGGUCUCCGAAAAUGA